CAUAGCACAAGCACGAGGCGGGGCUAAGAAUCGAAUCUCUCUUUUUAUUUCGCCCCGUCAUUGAAAUCAAUUAAAAAUGGGUAAAGGCAAGCCUAGAGGAUUGAACGCCGCGCGUAAGCUGCGCACUCACCGCCGUGAGCAGCGCUGGGCCGACAAGCAGUACAAGAAGCGCGCCCUCGGUACCGCGUACAAGUCGUCGCCUUUCGGUGGCUCGUCGCACGCCAAGGGUAUUGUCCUUGAGAAGAUCGGUGUUGAGGCCAAGCAGCCCAACUCUGCUAUCCGUAAGUGUGUGCGUUGCCAGCUCAUCAAGAACGGCAAGAAGAUCACCGCUUUCGUGCCCAACGACGGUUGCCUCAACUACGUCGAUGAGAACGACGAGGUGCUCAUUGCCGGUUUCGGUCGUAAGGGUCGUGCCGUUGGUGAUAUUCCGGGUGUCCGCUUCAAGAUUGUGAAGGUCUCGGGUGUCUCCCUGUUCGCUCUGUACAAGGAGAAGAAGGAGAAGCCCCGCUCGUAA